AUGGCUUUGGCAACAAGUCCCUCACCAAUUCCCACUCCCCAAGAUGAUGAUGUGCUAGCUUUGUUCUACGUGUUAGCUUUGGUCUUCCUGGCCGUGGUGGCCAUAUUCCUCUUGCAUUUACUGGGUCCGCUACGCCGGUGGUUGAGCAAGGGUCUCCUCCAUCACAUCGUGAUGGGAGUCUACGCGCUCUCCUACCCGCUGGUAGGCUACACCAUUGGGCUGAUGCAGUCUGCCAAUUGGUACUUCAACGACUUCACCGUGUGGGCUGUGUUCCUGCUUCUGCUCCUCAGCAGCACGGAUAGCCUCACAGCUUGCCGCCUCAACGACAUCGACAACUGGAAGAACAUCUACGUGAAACAACUCUUUAAGGGGUUCUUGUUGGUGUUUAUCAUUCUAAAGUUUGGCCGUCAGAUGAUGAUGAGGAAUUUGGAUGCCGACUACCUGUGGUACCCGCUCUCAGCCAUCCUGGUCGUUAUCGUCCUCAAGUCAUAUCUGAUGAUAGCUUCCAUGAGGAUGGUGAGCAAGUCUUACCUCGGUAAGAACGUGAAGGUGAUCGCCGAAUACAUGCAGCAUAUAGACAACAGGCUGGUGGUCUUCAAUCCUGUGACCAUGGAAGGCUACCAGUACAUGGUCGCUGGUGAGAAACACUGCGUUAACAGGCCUGGACACACACCAUGGUACAAGAAGCCGGACGACUUGAAGGUUACCACCGUGGAGCAGAUCUGGCAGUGCGAGGGGAAUCUGCUCAUUGGUGAUCAGGGCAAGGUGCUCAAGGACUUGUGCCUCUCUAUGGCUCUCUCCAAGAUGCUCAACCGAAGGUUUGCUGGCUUCAAGCUCUCAGAGGCAGAGCUUGAGAAAACCCACGACUUCGUAUUCAAAGGCCUGCUCGCCGGGGACGAGCAGCGGGCCUUCAGGGUCAUUGAGGAAGAACUUGUUUUUGUCCAUGACAUGUAUUACACAAGGUACUCUUACCUCUACCAAAAGGGUCGAUACCUGGCUCUCUGUCUGCCUGUCAUCAUGUUUGCCCUAUGCUCGUGGCUCACAGUGGCCAGCCUGCACGUCAAGCAUCACGACGACCCCUAUCUCAGUAAUCAUAGCAAUCGCAGUCUGAUGUCUGGCACCAUAGUCAUAACGGUUGUCUUGGCAUUCCUGGAGGCAUACCAGCUGUACCUGUACAUAGCCUCAGGUUGGUUCAAGGUGGCACUGAUACGGAGCUAUGUCGCCGCACCUUUUUUGCAAACAAGCUGUUUCUAUGAGAUGAUCAUACAUCUUCUCUUGAUGUUGAAGGUGUUUCGCCCAUGGAAGGGCAGACUUGGGCAGUACUGUUUCCUCGAGAAUCUUGGCCGCAAAAGUAAGGUUGUGAAUUGUCUCCAUUAUGGUACACUGUGCUUGGUGGACAAGGCCAUGAAGGGAAGCAAGAAAUCAGUGAAGGUCUCCGAAGAUGUGAAGAAAGCCAUCAUUGAUUCCCUACUAGCAAGCAACGGACACCUGACGAACGGGGUAACAUCGCUGCAAAAAAAUGGCGUCCAUGAUGACCUCAAAUGGGCAUGUGAUGCUACUGCUACUGACGGAGCGUUGGCUCGCACCAUUGUGGUCUGGCACAUUGCUACAACCCAGUGCGAGCAGAAGCUGGAUAAACAAGUCAAAGAAGAAGACGCUUCAAUCCACGAAGCAAGCAAGUUACUCAAAGAGGCCAAGGACAAGAAGAUCAAGGGCAAGAACAAGAAGAUCGAGGGCAGGUGUGAGAUACUAAUGCAAAUUAGCACUGAUGAUGAUUGUGUUGAUGAUGAAACAAUUCUUGUUGCGCGGGGCGUUCACCUUGCAAGGCAACUGAUUGAUAACAUACAAGACUUCACAACACGGUGGAAGGUGCUAUCUGAUUUCUGGGCGGAGAUGAUGCUGUAUGUCUCGCCAUCCGACGAUGCUCGGGAGCACCUGGAAGUUCUUGCAAUAGGAGGGGAGUUCAUCACGCACCUUUGGGCGCUGCUCACGCAUGCCGGUGUGCUGAAGCGAGGACCUACAGUGCCAAAGGAUGGUCCUGUUGCAGCAGAGAUUGACCCUGCUACUACAGAAGGGGCGGGGAUCCCCUCCUGA